AUGACCACCAAAAACGGUAGCAACAUCGUAGUCGAGUGGCUUCGGUCCUUGCACCUGGGCCAAUACGCUGAUUCGUUUCUGGAUAACGGGUAUGACGACCUGGAGAUCUGCAAGCAGGUCGGCGACCCCGAUAUGGACGCCAUUGGUGUGUUUAACCCGUCGCAUCGCAACCGACUGUUACAGUCUGUUCGCACACUGCGCGAGGAGGGUGCAGCCAGUGUUUAUUUCACACUCGAAGAGUCUGCUGCGAUACAGGAGGAAUGCAAGUACUCCACCUCCAAAGAGCAAUGUACCCCUAGCCCUGGCCACUCAUCGGGCAGCAGUACUCAAGAGCUACAGCAGGUGCAUUACGAUGAGUACGAAGAGGGAAAGGCUGAACUAGUCAGGAUACCUAAACUUCAGUUGAAGCUGUUGCUUAAGGAUAAAUUAUUACAAGACGGCAUUAGACUCAGCUCUCAACCAUAUACUACUCAGAACGGCGAACGAGGCUAUUUGGAAGGCUUAGCGUCCCGGUACGCGGAUCUGUACAACACCCAUUAUCGGGAUAUUUUGGAGUAUCUGGACGAACUUAGGGCCACCGAGUGGGCUGAAUUAUCUCCCCGAAUCACGUUGUUAGCACCCUCUUCGCCCUCCAGGUCACCGUGCAACAUGGCCGGAAAUCCGUACUCUCAUCACCUGUACGCGCCAGGAAAAUACUCUCCAUCUAGUUGUCUGAGUGAUCGCGAAGAGGACGAAAUUUACGGUCUAACAACGGCUGAAAGAAGGUUUCCACCACCUACUGCGGCAGUCCGACCACCCGUACACCUUAAUACCGCUAUCAGACAGCAUACCGUACAACAACCGUGCCUAAGUCCAAGAUCUGCAUAUUUCUACGAAUUUCCUCCUGCAGACCGACCCGGAAAAAAGAAAAUCACAUUGACGCGGUUUCUACGAAACUUUAAGACCCACAGGAGAGAUAAAUCGCGAAGUCAACAAAACGUUUCAUCCCGGGCCAACACUCCCGAUUGUUUGGGAAUGACAAUGAUAGAUAACAGAAAUCGUUGUGUACCAAUGUCCGGCAGAAACCAUGUCGGCAAUCCAUCCGGUUUUGAAGAAACUAUCCAUCGGUUGAAAGUCCAAGAGGCCAUGAUUAAGAAGGAACGUUUCGACCGCGAACAUGAGGACAUCCUCCGGGAGAUUCGUCACGGACUGUUGCGGUAUGGUGGCGGCGGAGUUGGUGGCGGACCCUGCAAGCCCGCAACCCGUUGCAACAAUUCGGACGAGACCUACAUGUACGACGACGACAUGCUCAGACACUGGUACGACGAACCUCCAUACGAAUCGGAUCCCGAGGAGCUACUCAUGGAGCACGCCAACAAUAGAGUUUAUUACGGUUACGCUAAACACAGAGUGCCUCGGAACAAUAAUUCCGGUUCCGUUAUAUCGUUGCGCAGUGCUGGUGACAUAUCGUUAUCUGGCGGCCAUCACCACCGCGGCGGCAGUGGCCAUCACCGGCAGACGGCUACGGGGCUCUUGUUGCCCGCUUCCGGUUCUGGUCAACCUACCACCAUAAUACCGCUGAGACGACAGAACAGAGAGAGUGGUGACUACGCUACUUCUGAUGUCCAAAGCGUUUGUUCUAGGAUGUCGUCGCUAUCCGUGGAAACAAAUCGUUCAGACUAUGAUCAGGAACUUUACCACAGGCUCAGAAUGAACGGAAUGGACACCGCGGUGUCGCCUGGACACAGUUCGGACUAUGCCGAUCAAGAGGAUUCGUUUUUACAAACACCUCGUCAUAGUAAAAGACAACACCACCAUAGAUCCAAAACAUCCUCGAAACAACUGAAACAAAACCAGAGACCUAAUCGUCAUCAUAGUUCUGCAGAGAGCCUACCGAGUACUUCUAGUGCCCAAGCAUUGAUGGGAGCAGCGUCUCAAAGCUCUGAGGAAUCCCCGACUUCUUGCGAUGGAACGCAGAAAGUACAAGUGUUGGCAUUGGCGCGAGCCGUAGCCAACAGCAGCCCAAACCCUUAUGACAAAGACGCUUUGAAAUUCAACAGAGGUGACGUAAUACUGGUUACUACCAUGAACGCCAGCGGCAUCUGGAAGGGGAUGGUUAAAGGCUGUGAUAAGAUAGGCACGUUCAAAUUCGAAAAAGUUCAACCAUUAGUGAAUGAAAGCAACGGGCUCGAGAAAAGCAAACAGAACGUGAAACAUAGGCCCAAGUCGUUACUUCAGCUCCUGCGGACUAUCGGCAUGGAGGAACAAAUGUCCGUGUUCGCAAUGAAUGGUUUUGGAGACUUGCAGUCGUUCUGUGAAAUACGUGAAACAGACUUAGACUAUAUGGGUAUAAUGGCCCCGGAACAAAGAGCGAAAAUAUUGGCAGCUGUCCAAGUCAUGCAUGACUAUCAGUCACCCGAAGACGAUUCUAGCAGCACCGAGGAGAACAAAACGGAUCCAGGCUGCGAUGACUCUCAGGAAACUGCCCACAGUCAACGAGCAAUCAUCCCCGGAUCCGACGUUGCCAAGUCGAAGCCUACGCCAAAACCGCGUUUCUCGGCUAGCAACGGUAACGAUGCGGCUCUGUCGUCGCCUGAGUACGGUAAGAAGGCACCGAAAUCUAGUGACACCACCACCACUUCCGCCGCCGCCAAACCAAACUCUUGUACUUCCAGUGAAAAGUCUUCAGACUCUGGCGUCAGCACCAGUUCGUCCGUGUGUUUCGGCAACAUGACCCGAGGCAAACGCAGCGGGACGAAUCAUCAAUUGAACGGUAAAAACAACUUUGGCGUGCACUUGGUGCAGCAAAACGUCAAAGAUUGACCGUUAUUAGGCGCUUCUUCUCGUGCAAUUGAUUCCUAUACAUUUUGUACUAUAACCGAUUAAGACAUGUAUUGGGGAGGAGGGUUGUUGAGGGACUUAUAUGAGACAAAAAAACCACACGAACACGUCAAGAAAGAAAUCAUCAUAUUAUGUAUACAUAAUUUAAAUUAAAUACUAUAUUUCUAAACUUGCAUUUAUUACUAAUCUUGGGCAUUCAUUCUUGUUAAAUUAAAAAAUCCAAACAAAAUAAUUUUAUAGUAAGUACUUCGGCCUACAUUUCUUUUUCUUUUUUAAAAUUAACAUUUUUUCAAAACACAAUUAUUUGUUCAGAAAUAACGCUUUUAAAGCCGCUUUACACAGCAGCGCUAUUAUUCAACAUGUACCUAUAAUAUGGCCGCAGUGCUUAUUUAGAUUUUUGAUAGUGUACUUGACAUGACAGACAAUUGUUAGCCGACAUGUAAGUCCAUUAUAUUUCUUAGUUUUUGGAAUUUUGGAUAUUCAAUUUUUGUGACAAAUUUUUUUAGUCAAUUUGUUGUUGUUUGAGAUACUUUUUUUU